AGAGAUUUCCUUAUGAAGGUACAUAUCUAAUAAACAUGGCGACUGCCAAGUGACAACGCGUUUUGCUGUAUUAAUUGCUUUUCAAUUUUGAGUUUAUUAUAUGAUUAUAUCUAGCAAGUAAUUUACAAAAUAAGACAAUUUCCUAUUUUAUUUCGAAGGAACAUAGCAAUAUUAAAUAAUAAAAUAAUUUUUUGAACAAAAUCGUCGUAUUGAAACAAGUUUAAAAGAAGAGAAUAUUUAGACUGAAUAAAAAUGCCUACACAAACAACAGAAAAUGAUGAUAUUCGAGUGAAAAUUGUUUAUAAUGGGGAAGUGCAGAUUACGUAUAUCACUCCUGGCAUUUCAGUAGACACUUUACGAGAAGAAAUGCGUACAAUAUGUGGAUUUGGUACUGCAGGACCAGAUCAAUUUACAAUGAAAUGGGUUGAUGAUGAAGGAGAUCCAUGUAGAAUUGCUUCUCAACAUGAAUUGGAUGAAGCAUUACGUCUUUAUGAAUUAGAAAAGGAUACUGAAAUUACUAUACAUGAAUAAAGGAAGUGAUAUAAAAAGUGACAAAAGUGAUAAAUAAAAAACGUAAACGCAAUAAAAAAGAAACAAUAAGAAGAGGGCGCAAAUGGAAAAGAAUAUCGAGAAUGAAGUUAAAAAAGAAAAAAUAACAAGUGAAGAUUAUUGAGGAUGAGAAAGAUUUUAAAAUGGAAAGAGAAGAAGCGCGGGAAAUGAAUAGGAAAGAAAGGAGAAGGAUCGGAUAAAUAGUCAAAGAGAAAUCAGUUCUGUUUUUCAGAGUGUGCCUUUAUUUUAGCGUUUGCGCAUUUCAUGGAGUAAAGCGCGUCGGGCGGCGGCGGUAGUUAACGAAUCCCGCGGCAGCAGUCGAUAUUCUUACGCGAACUGAUUAGCCACGAAGUUUUCUCGCGCAAGUAUACUCAAACUGACUGUUAAAACGCAUUUAGACGUGAGAAUAUAAUUAAAGAAACAUCUUUAAA